AUGAAUCGAACCGACAGUGGAUUCGUAGAGUCCCUUCUCUCACAGCCAUCCAACGGACAAACAACACCCUUGCACAGAAGCAACACCGCACCUCAUCGCCGUCGCACGGCGAAGGCAGCUCCGAGCUCGGUUGAGACUUCGGACGUUAUCAACAUGUCAACACACCGACCGGCUUCUGAGAAACGACCACGACCAUCAAACCACAGGUCAGCCUCCUCAUCCGAAAACUCAACUGCCAGAUCAAGAUCAAAGGGUCGCGGUCAUGAUUCGAAAUUAUCCUCCCGUCGCACUUCUUUUACCAUCGUGGACCCCUCUAGGCCAGCUCGUCACUACAGGGUAAAGAGCUCUCAACCCCUAUCGCCCGCUAGCCAGGAUGUCGACGACGUACUCGCACUACACUUCCGCAGUUGUAGUCUGUUUUCGAACCCAUCUUACCAGACCAAUUCUGCCCUACCGAGUCCGACAUUAUCUCACCAAGACAAUUUCGGUUUUUCUAAUGCGGCUCCACGUUUCAGUAUGGACGAGAUGGCCAUGGUCGAAGAGCAUGCCUCACCACAGGAGACAGAGAGCGCAUGCGUACAGAUUCCCACUACCACGACGCAUUGGAUCUCGCCCAACACGCGGAAGCGUGACUACGAGAGAAUAGACCGAGCCAACACUGGCCUUCGAGGACUGGUGAGGAGGGUGGUUCCGCGAUGUGUCUCAGGCCCACCGGAGAGAUUCUACGAAAAAGAUCAGUCGGACGCUGGAUCCGUUCGACGCUACAGACUGGAUGUUAUCGAAAGUCGCAUCAACGAGAAGGACAUCAUACGGCUCCCUGCCCACGCCUCGGAACGGCCUAAGCUGAAGUCGAGAUGGACUUGCUUCUGA